UAGCAGCAGACAGAGUGCACGCGCCUGCCUACUGCAAGAGACAACUGCGCAUCUAAAGGCGGAAGUUUGAUUUUAAAUUAAAAGUGAAACUGCACUGAAUUAGGGGAUGUCCAAUAUCCAACAGACAUUUAGACCCGAACUCAUUGUUUUUUAUAUUUUUUUCGACUAAACAGCGUAAACGGUGCUGGUGUUACAGUUAGUGGUGUUUUGUGUGUUUGUAGAAAUAAUCCGUCAUGCUUGAAAUCUUCAUUUUCGCUUUUUUGCACGCGCUGGCACACGGUGAGGUUUACAGUUGAUUUAUUUUAAUUUAAGUGACGAUUUCCAUCAAACAUUCCGUGUGCAGGUUGCGGAUGUGGUGCUGUCCUGCUCCUUCGUUGAGGAAGGGGGAGGAAUGACCGGAGCACACUUCAUACGCUCCCCUGCCACUGUGGUACUAAGGGACCUUCCUAUGAACACUGACCUUUCACCAGAAACCAUCACCCCCUACAUCCCUCCUGACACCCCUAACGCUGAUGACCUCAUUUUUGAGGCCACUGCUUCAUCAGUGGAGAUUCCUGAAGCAGAGUCUCUCCUCCAUGCUGACUGUAAUGAACAGGAAGUGACUUGUGAAUUAAGUCGUUAUAUCCCUCGAGGUACAAAACCAGAUUCUGUACCUGCUCAUUUCAUCGCUUCAGUCCAGCUUGAAGGAGGCGGGGUCGGCUUCACUCUGGUGCUACAGACAAUAGCCAAUGAGAAUGCAGAAUCAAAUACUGCAUCACUAAUGCAGAGCAAACUUCAGCUUCCUCUCAGCCAAUGGGGAACUCUGAUCUCAGAUGUUGUGUUUGUGGUGUUCUCUCGCUCACCUUCCGUUGCGGCCCCUAUAGGUGAAGACACUGUAUUAGAUUGUGGUUAUAGGCAAAGGGACACCCCUGCAGAGCAGUAUGUGGGUCUUGAGUGGCGUUGGCAGUAUAGAGGACAAGGGCGAACCAUUCUGGAUAUGAGAGAGACUGAGGCAGGAACAUUUGUUGAAGUGGAUCGAGAUGGAGCGAGUGCAAACUCAACCUUGCUAGUUACAGAUGGAAAUGCAUCUCUGACAAUGAAGAAGUUAAAGGUCUCAGAUGAGGGCACAUACAUCUGCACCAUUAACUCUGGACCCUUUCAGACUCAGCAAAUAGUUCAGCUGAACAUCAUGCAACCUCCCAGAGUUUUUUUCUCAGAAAACAAAAUAACAUUUCAAGAUGACUCACCACAGAGACUGACUUGUCACUGUGAGCGUUAUUACCCCCUAGAUGUACAGGUGGAGUGGUUUUCUCAGCUCCCUUCAGAGACAAAGAGCAUCUCCCGGACAGAGGGAGCCUCUCUCUCCAGCCAUCGGCAGCACAGUGAUGGGACGUUCUCUCUCUCAUCCUUCCUCAUCGUCCGCCCAUCUGAACACCCUCCUGGCACUGUGUUCACCUGCAGGGUCUCUCACGUUGCCCUGCAAACUCCCAGUGAAGUUAUUCUGACAGUACACACACCUGAGCCAGGUCCAUUCACCAGCCUGUUGGAAUAUUAUUGGAUGAUUCUGGUGACACUGAUUUUGUCAAUACUGUUUUUAUAUCAAGCAUCAAGAUAGGUACUGAAGAGGUUAAUGGCUGGCGUGGUGGCUCAGCAGGUAGAGCCUGACAAUUCCAGGACCUGGGGCUUAAUCCUAAUCUCAGGUUACUGUCUGUGCAGUUUCACUUCUCUUUGUGUCCGUGUGGGUUUCCUCCAGUUUCUUCCCACCAGUGUGUGUGUGUGUGUGUGUGUGUGUGUGUGUGUGUGUCCUACGGUGGACUGUAAAGUGGCUAGUGACAUAGAGUUGCAAAUAAACCAUGUACUUUUUUAAUGAGUGUAUAUGUAGGUGUACAUGUAAAGCUGAAUUAAUUUAAGUUGAAAUGUGAACACUGUAAACAUGUACACUUCCCAUCAAAAGCUGAACUCUCUUGGACUCUUUUCUUGUCAAUCUUCUUGUCAAUUUCUUGUUGUUCCUUGUCAGUUUGCAAUAACUAACCCCACUAUAUAACUAAUAACACACUAGUUUUAUUUUGAGAAGAAACUAAUACUGCACAGGUAACAUUUGUGACAGUAAUUACAAAGGUAAUAAUGAAGUUAAAUAUACCUAUGUAAGAACGCCUGUCUUAGCUGUGAUAACUGCUGCACAUGCUUUCUUCAAGUCAUUUUUUCUACAGCAUUUCUUAGAUAUGUGUUGCUGUUUCUGAUGUCUCUCUUUUUUAAAUCCAUCAAUGCAACCCAUCCCAGAGUAAAUACAGUAGUUUGGUUUUUGAUCAUUUUAUUUCACUCACAAUUGCUUAGUUCCUCUCAAAAUAUCCCUCACACAGUGUGUGAAAUAACAAUCAAAUUAAAGCAAAUAUGUCACUAAA